AUGCAGACCAAAAGGCAGCGCCUUCGGGGGGAGGAGGAUCCCGUCGCUGGUGCUUCCAGCAGCCACGGCUCCUUGGCAGCAGCAGCAGCUGCUGCUGCUGAGGGUCCGUACCCAGUGAACUUGUGCCUUCCCCCCAUUACGCUGCGCUCCUCGCAGCAGCAGCAGCAGCAGCAGGCGCGACUUUUGGCAGUUGCAGGCGCUCAGCUGCCCGUGCCUCCUCUGCCCCAAGUGCUCUCCGUUCCUGCAUUUCUGCGUGCCAGGGAGGCCGAAGUGGGGGCCUUGCUGCAACAACUGCAGCAGCUACCGAAUCGCUACCAGGAGCAGCGCCAGCAGCAGCAGCAGCAUCAGCGGCGACAUCGGCAGCAGCUGCAGCAGCAGCAGCAAAGGAGGAAGAAACAAGCUCUGCAAGCGGGGUCAGCCAACGCAGGGGGCGCAUCAGUUUCAGCGGCGGGGGGAGGAUUCGAUGCAGCAGCAACGGCAGAUGCAGGAGCUGCACCCACCACAAGAACUGGCCCCUGCCGCCGUUCCUUCCAGAAGCUGCCGAUCAGCAUGCGACGUCGCUGCAUGUCUUAUACUCCCUACAGAGUUCCCCGCAGACGGCGAGGACCGAUCCUCAGCGAAAUGGCGAAGACACCUCCAAAGCCCUCCUCCCGUCGCACGCGCCGACAGCAGCGGAAGCCAGCACUGCUGCUUCUCCAGCGAGCAGCGGUAGCUCGCGGCAGCUCGCCGCCGUCGCCGAAGGUGCGAUGGCUGCAGACGCACAUGUUCUUUGCGCGGCGCUUCCGACAACAGCCGCUGUGGGGCUUCAGCCUCCCUGUGCAUCCCACGCAGCGCAUGCAGCGGAAGCUGCUGCGCAUGGCUAGCCAGCUAGCCACGGCGCAUGACGCCUCUUACCUCGCAACCUUCGAGCUGCGGGGGCCUAUCGUGCUGCUUCUCCUGCUGUUACGCCGCUGCGGAGCAGACGCUGCUCUCCUCGCCAGCAAGGCGAUUCGGGCGGGAGCUCAGCAAGGCCAGAUGCUGCUGCUGCAGCAGCAGCCUCCUCCAGCUCAGCCCGCAGUCGUGGCUCCCUGCGACUUCCUUUUCGGCGCUGCAUGCGCAGGCGAAGCUGCCAGGAUUCUCUGGGUGACUGUACACCCCGCAGCAGCCGCUGCAGCAGGCGCCGUGCUUGCUGCAGCGACAGAUGCAGUUCGGCCUGCAGGCUGCUCCUGCGCCUCGACUCCACCCGACGUGGGCGUCAGAGGGGCGGCAACAGCCAACGCAACGUCGGUGAAAACAGCGGGAGACUGUGCAUGCGGAGUCGGGGUCGCUCUUCAGCAGAUUCACAACUUAGCGCGGUUCGAACUGCGGGGGCCUAAGGCACUGCGAGCCUUGAGCCUCGCGCUGAAGGCGCUUGUGCAGCACGAACUGCUGCAUGGCAGUGCGCCUCGACUCCCCGGGGGAGUCGUCCUCCCUCUAGAGGCUGCGUUGCCUCCUCUGCUAGGGCCGUUUCCCCCUCGAUCGCGGCGGCUGCUGCGGCGUGCAGCAGCAGCUGCUGCUGCAGCAGCAGGAGGAGCAGGAGGAGCAGCAGCAGGAGGAGCAGCGCCUACGGCGGCUCUCGCCGCUGCUGUUGCAGCAGGAAGAGCUCUGCCUCCCCCAGCGACCUCGCGUCUGUUUUCCGAUGCAGAUCGCGCGGCUGCUGCUGCUGCAGUUCCUUGGAGAGUCGCCACACGCAGCAGAAGGAGGCCUGAGCUCCGUGCGCUGCUGCAGCGGCUGCAGCAACGGCAUCUGCAAUUGCAGCUGCAGAGCCAACAGGAACGCAAGCCGAAAGAGAGGCAGCAGCAGAAAGAGCAGCAGCAGAAAGAGCAGCAGCAGAAACAGCAGCAGAAACAGCCUACUGCCGUGGGCCGUUUACCCGUGACAGCAAACACCCACCGACCGGCGGGAGCGGCGACACCAGCUACAGCGGCAGCAGAAACAGCAGCAGCAGCUGCUGCUGCUGCUUCUGCUGCAGCUCUCGCAGAUGAAGAAGACUUAGGCCUUCCUCUCUCUCCUAUCGUGAUGACCAAUACGGAGCCGGGAGCUGCGGCAGCUGCGGCAGCAGCGGCAGCAGCAGCUGCUGCUGCUGCUGCCAUCGCCGCUGCUGCAGUUGGUGCCGAUCCUGCGGCAGCAGCUGCUGCUGUUGCUGCUGCAGAUUUACCUGGCGGCGCAGCGUCUCUCUCGGCUGCCGCUUCUGCAGGCUUCCAGUCACCAGCGUUUCCAGCGAACGGCACUCGCGUUCCUGUGCUGCUGAUUGCGCGUGGUGGCUUUCUUUCUCGAGGUUUGCCUUCCUUUAGAGGCGGCGUCUCAAAGGCUUCCUUGGAGGGGUCGCAUUGCUACACCGGAAUCUGGCUUCGGGUUGGGGUGUGUUGGCUGGUGGGGUUUGCUCGAUUUGGCAUGCAUGCAUGUGCGCGCGCUUGUGGAGGAACUGCUGCUGCAGGGCAUUCCUUUUGCAGAGGCCUCGGCUGGGCGCGUGGUCUUGUGUCAGCCUCCGCCUUCUUGCAAGCAGUGCAACAACAACUUCAGACCCUUGUGGAGGGUCCGUUUGCAUGCCCUUAA